AUGGAGUCUGCAAAUUUGAGGCCAGAGCCACCGCCGGAUCCGUUUCGGAUCAAACGAAAGCCUCUCUCAAACCCGAAUCUCAGGGGGGCUGCAAAUGCCGGACCCUCCGGUAGACUCGCCCACGCUACAAGCUCGCCAGCUCUAGUGCCGCCUCCAUUAUCUCAGCCUCCUUCUUAUAAUGACCUCUAUGGUCAAGAAACCACGAACUGCGGGUGGCGCAACAACACCCGCAGUAUCCCCCCUGAACCUAGUCCAUCUCCGACGCCAGUUCAGAAAGCCUAUGGAGAGGCCCGUCACUUUCUCGGGGGACUGAUCAAUCAUCCUACUGAGUCUAACAAACAUGUCACAAUUCUGCGUCAUUCACAUGGCUUGGUAUUCUAUCGAGGAGAGGCCACCUCCGUUGCCGUCUCGAUCUUCUCGGAUGCUCCCUUGCCCCAAGAUCGUACUCUAUGGUUGCAAAACAAAGGCUGGUCUGGCAAGGCCGGGAUGCGCGCAAAAGCCCUUUUUCGGCUCAAUAAUAACUGGGUUGACGUCACCCCAGGCAUGCCGCUUAGAGCCGACCAGGUAAACCCGGAUGACGAGCGAGCGUGGCAACGCGAUAUUAAAAAGUUUCUCAAAAAGGCUCCCGCUCGGCUGCGCGACACGCACUCCUUGCGUGAAACAGCUGUUGUUCGGGUUCCGGCAGAGGCUGGUGAUGGCUAUUGGCAACUAGUCCUCUGUCAAGGGCCGAAGAAAAAAGUCAUUGGGAACAGCCCGGUAUUCCGGGUCCUCUCAACCUCCACUAACCCUCAUUCCAUCCGGGGUGCCAGCCUCAGUACAUUGCCCCUGGAGGUAGGAGCCAUGGUGGCUAGCUUGUACGCCCAGACUGCUGCCAAAGCAGUCGUGAGUCCAGCGACUGCUGCUAUUCAGAGUAAAUUGACGCAGACAGCAGCACAGACGGCCUAUUCCACCAGUGGGGCUCAAGAUAAAGUGGGCAGUUUAAUCAAGGGGUCAUCUGGUUCGACCCAGAAGGACCAGCAAGGUCUGAUGCCACAUGAAGGCCUCGAUCGCCAGAUAUCUCCUAUCGAUGAUGGCCCUCAAACGCCGUUCCCUAUGAACUUCAAAGCCCGUGCACAAUUACCGCACACGACGGCCCCCGGCAACCCCGGCGAAAUGCCAAAGCUCAUUCUGACCAAAUUUCCGGGCUGGAUACCGGAGCAAUUUCGAGGCUACUUCUUUGGCUGGGCACGUUUCGAUACCAGCACCGCCAAGAGUACCUCCUUGAGUCCCUGGUACCCGGCUGUGCUAUCUAUUCGAACAUUGGACCCUUUGCAAGCCGCUGGCGUGAAUAUGUCCCAACUUGCCAAAAGGUCUGUGGCUAUUCGCUUGUUGGACGAGGUCCCGCUCCAGACAACUGAGUUAGAAAUCAAUGUCAUGGGAUUUCUCAGAGCAGAAAUCCCACCACCAACUGGAACUACCCAUCAGGAACUCGCGGACGCACAAGCCGCUGCGGCCGAGGCUGCUAUGCUUGCGGAUUCCUAUGAUGUGACCAUUGUCCAGAACACCCUCUCCCAGCCAGUCUGGGCUCCAAGAGGGCCAGAUCCUGCCGAGAUUCAUCGGCAGAAUACCGGUUGGAUGGAUCGGACGAAGGAAGGCUAUGCAAAUGUACGAGCGAAAGGGCAGAAGUGGGUAGAGCAGGUCCCUUUGCACAAGCUCGGAGUUCGAUCUACUACAGACGAGUCGAGGGAGAAGCAAGUCGCUGUCAAUGGGUUUUAUAUUGUGCGGUGA